ACAAUUAGAACUUCAUCGUAGUCUUUAAGCCAGUUUAACAGAUCGAUAGUGUACGUAAAUUCUUACUGAGACACAAUAAAUUAACUUGUAAAUAAAUUUUAAUCUAUAAACGGUAUUAAACAUAGGGAAAUUACAGCCUAACGAGUGGAUAGCCCUUAUAAAAGGAAAUUCACAAUAAAAACCAAAACUUUCCUCUAAUGUAUCGAGUAUGGGAGCAGGAGCAGGAAAACCAUCUGAAAAAGUUGACCUAGAAUGUGAUCCAUCAGACACAAGGAUAAGUGUACUUGGAAACUCGGCAAAUAAAACAAGCAAUGAGUUUACAGUACCUACAAAUACGUUGGUAUCUGGGAGCAGAAUUUCUUUCGAGGAAAAGACCAAGAUUAAGAUAACAUUUAAAGGAGGCGGUGUUUUACGUAUCGGGUUAACCAGUAUUAAUCCGUCAGACAACGAAAACAUUCUUGAGGGUUCUGUAUUUGAGAAGGAGGAAGGCUUUAACUCAGGGGAACAGGAAGCAGUUCGCAUCUUGUACAAAACUAAAUAUUCUUCGUUUCGCUAUGGACCAGAGGGCGAUGAAAUUGAGAAUGACUGUGAAAAUAUCCCGGCAAACCUUUGGUUGUAUGUUAUCCAUGUGUAUGGGACUCCAGAUGUAGAAGCCGAUCUAUCAGAGGAAGAGGACAGAUAUGAAAAGAUAUUACUGUGUUCUGCCAGAAGUGGUCAUGGAAGUAGUGCAUCAAUAGCAUCAAAUACAGCAAGAUGCAGAUUCAGUAAACCUGUUGUAGCUGGUGAUGUCUACCAUUGCCACUGGGAUAUGAAACUGUUAAACGAAAAUAUAGCAGAGAAGCCACCAUCUCAUGGUUUUAUGAGCCUGAAACUUGUAUCGAGAAAUAUAAAUAAAGGUUCACCUGAUGAGGAAGAUGUAAUAUGGGAGCGGAGCAGCGCCGUCCAAGAAUAUCCGUUCAGUUCAGUGAUCGCCUUCCGGUUAAGUUUACACGAGCGACAAGUAUCACAUAAUUUGUUUGUUGUGUCCGUUGGAAACACGACAAAAGAUGUCUUCUCGGUUAAAGGAAAACUUGAUCCAGACACAUUGCAUUUUGAAAUUGAAUUUAGCAGCGGUGAAAUUCAGGUUACACAUGGGAGAAGAUUGAUAAUAGCGCAAGAACUAGGAAGCACUAUUCUAAUAAGCGGCUAUCAAUUUGACGACGAAGAGGCAACCAUAGAUGAAGCGAUUACUGAAAUCAGAUCAAAAAUAGAUUUCAAACCUAGGCGGCUUCAGUAUGGAAACAGUCCAUCAAGUUUCGUCCUGGAAUUCAAUGAAAAAAUAACAGAUCUAAGUCUUAAAGAUAUUCAACUUAAUUUGAGGUGUAAAGGCCAGAGAAUAAACGAAACAAAAAGUGUUCAAGUCCUUUUAAAUGGCGCGGAAAAAAUUAAUAAAAACGAUGUGGUAGAUUUAUUAGAAGCUCGUUUUACCAGGAAAAAAGCUGGUGGUGGAUCUGUUAAGAGUAUAGAGUUUGAAGAAGACAUUCCGGGCUGUUGGGUAAUCAAUUUUGAAAAAAGUGAAAUUGCACGGAACGUUUGGAUGAAGAACAAAUACAGUUUAUUUGAUGAUCAACACGUCAAAGCUCUUGUCCUACCAAAGUACAAAGAACUUGGAUUAUCGGUAAAUGGUGGUAAAAAACCAACUUCAGACCUUACGCCUUUGGUUGUUGAUGUAGACAGAAACAAACUCAGGUUUAUCAAGUCAAGAAAUGCAGAAAAGAAGUCGUUUGUUGAUGCUUUAAAUGAAAGAAUCAAAGUUGACGUGCGUUGGGAGGAACAAGAAGACACCGACGAAUUCGAGGAUCAACAAAAUCUAGUUGCUGAGGACACUUCAAUAACUUUUAAUUAUUGUGGAUCCGAGUCGGAUUGGAAAAAGUCAGCAAAUUGGAAAGAUAUAACAAAGAGAGCAGUAUCAAAUUAUUUCAAAACGGCAAUACAUGUAUAUGAAGUAAAAUUUGAUUGUGAUGAUAAUAUCACCGAUAAAUUAAAUGAUCUCAGGGCACAAUACGACUUUGAAUUUGAGGAAGAUCUUGAGAACAAUUACAUUAUUCUAUACGGGUCAAAUGAAAGUAGCUUAAAAGAAGUUGCUAAAAAGGCCGAAACGAAAGCUAUAUUUCCAGAGAUUAAAACCAUAUAUAUGGAAAACAUGGUACCAAAAUAUUUAGCGUUAGACGCGGAAGGACUACUGAACAAGGUGAAAACCGAUUGUCCUUCUACAUCUUUCAAGGUGAAUACGGAUGAAGGAAAAAUCACUUUAAAGGGUCCAACUGAUGAAGUGGGUAAUGCUGAGCGUUGUAUACUAAAGUUAGCUUUAGAACUUGAAUCUGUUGAACUGCUUAUUGAAGCAGAACGUGUCAUGUUUCUGCAAAAAGGAGGUCUUGAACUACUCAAAGAACAAUUCCGUAAAGACAACUUAAACCAUAACCUCACUUUAUAUGAAAUGAAAAAUGCAGUCAUUGUUACAACUUACAAAGGAAAUGAAGGUAUUGAAAAGAAGAAAAAGAAGAUGUUAGAUGUCAUUAGAAAUCUUAUAAAAACAUAUGAAAUUUAUGUUGACAAAGAAGAGCCCUUGAGUAAUUUUGCCACAGCACAAUGGAAGCAAUAUAAGGAAGAGAUUAUUGAGAAAGCAAAUGGCCCCGUGGUUAUUUUGGAACCAGUAAACAACCGGACUUUAAAGAUUAUUGGUACAGACGAAACAGUCAAAGCUGCAAAAAUGGACGUAGAAAAUUAUUUGAAAAGUCACAAACUUGGAACAGUAACGAUGCGCGUGCCAGUAGAAAUUGCAAUGUAUCUAGAUGAGUUUAAGGCUGACGAUAUUCGGAGUAAUAUCGAAUGUGGAAAAGACAGCAAUGGUUUGUAUUCUGGGAAACUUUCUCUUAAAUGUUCACCCGACGAUAUUAGCCGUUUGCAUAAAUCUAUAGAAAGAAACAUAACAGAAAUAAAGCAACAUUGGUUCGUAAUGAAGGAAAAAUGGAUAGCAAGUGUUAUCCAGGACCUUGUAGACCUGAAGACCUUAUCACAUAAUGAAAGAUUUUUAUUGGAUGCAUAUAUAGGACACAGUCUUGCAGCAUAUGGAAUUGCGGGAAUUUCUGUGUUUUCUAAAAACGGAACAAUCAUCCAAGUCAAGCGAGGUGACAUCACAUUUGAAACAACAGCAGCGAUAGUUCAUAAUACAAAUGGGCAUGUUAAAGCAUUUGAGAAAGGAAUAGGCAAAUGCCUGCAAAAUAUUGGUGGGACUGAAAUCAGAGAUGAACUUUUACGAGCUAUUGAAGAAAGAAGAUCAAAAAUUGGCGAUAAAUUGAUUGAGCGCAUCAAUACCGAUACGCACGAAAGAAAGGUCAUACAAGGCCAAGACAAUGAAAUACAAGAAAGAAAUAAUAAACCUUCCAACAGUGGCUUUAAAAAUGGUGAUAUUGUAUUGACGGAGUCUGGUCAACUUCGCUGUUUAAAAGUCAUUCAUGUAUUUUCCCCAAGAUGGAUAGAUGGAAAACAAUCAGAAGAAAAGGAGAUGAAGACAUUAGUUCGAAAGAUAUUACAGACAUGUCAGGACAAGAAACUUGCAUCAGUGUCUCUAUCGGCGAUUGGAUGUGGCGCUGGAAAGUAUCCUCACGAUAAAGCAACGUCAUAUAUUGUAGAAGCUGUUGCGGAUUUUGUUGAAAAUAAUAAAGAAACGGUAAUCAAGGAAAUAGUGCUUUGUGAUAGUUCAGAAGCUGCAGUGAAGAAAUUUACAGAAGCUCUUGGAAAACUCAAAAGCUCUCACUGGGUUUUCUUUGAACAUGGGAAACCUUUACAAGUGGAUGAUUUCCUGACGUCAUCAAUCAGGAAAGCCGAAAAUAAGUUAGUGAUCCGACCAAGCUCGGGUCGUGCACAACUAGAGCGUCCAAGAACUGGCUUAAGAUGGAGAAGAGAGAAUGCUUAUGGUUUCAAGCGUGUAAAACAGCCUGACAUAAAAAGAUCUACAUCUAAUGAAGAAAUGAACGAUUUAUUUAAAGACGGACUUCCAUACAAAAUCCCUAUAUCAGACAAUAUGAAUCUACAUGUUGUGAGAGCUGAUUUGACCAAACAAAAGGUAGACGCCAUUGUAAACACAACGUCAGAGUUCCCCAAUUUAACGGGUGAAAUAUCGAAAGCGAUAUUAAAUGCUGGCGGAAAUACAAUUAGGCAAGAAUGCCAAAACUUGGAUACGAUUUCAGAGGGUGAAGUCAAAUCUACUGGAUCCGGUCUGUUGAAAUGCAAAAAACUCAUUCAUGCUAAGAUUCCGAUGAGGUGGGAUUCACAAAACGGAGAAAAGUUUGUAAGUGAUCUGGUAUCAAGAUGUCUCGCUGAAGCAAUCAGUCAUGGCUAUUCUUCAAUUGCCUUUCCUACAAUAGGAACGGGACAUUCAGGAUUUCCUGCUGACAAAGUAGCUAAUGCUAUGGUGAAGUCAGUAUGUGAAAUUGGACAUGACGAAUCUCCGCUUAAAGAUGUUUUCAUUGUCGUUUAUUCGUUGGAUGAUGGUAUAUGUAAGAUAUUUGAAGAUGUUGUUCCGCACUUUUUCAACAGCGUCGCAACUCACGGUACCGGAAUGUCCAUUAGCAAGAAAGGUUCCCAAAUGCCACCGAAACAUAAAACUGUCCGAUAUGUCUCGCCACCGUCGUUUGACAAACAUUCGGAGAUAGAUGACGUCGUCGUUUUCAAAAUUGUUUCAAAAACUAGUGGUGAAAAGAUCCAAAAGAAAAUUCAGGAAACAGUUAAAAAACAAAUAAAAGAAGAAAAGUUGAAUUUCCAGGAACUAUCAAACGAAAAAACGCUUACAGAAGUUGAGGAACGUUCUUUAAAAACCUUGGAAAUGAGUUAUGGUGUAAACAUUGAGAUCGAUAAAAAAUCAAAACUCGUAAAGAUUUUGGGACUCUCGGACCGUGUGAGUGAAUGUCAUUUUGAAGUCGUUGAAUUACUGAGGGACACAUUUCCGAAGAUGCGCUUGAAGUCAAGGAAUAUUAGAACAAUCGCGGAGACAGUGCAGUGGUAUUACGGCGAUGCUGAUGGAAAUUCUCACCCUGUUGAUGUCACGGAUAAUUACGAGAUACACAUGAACUAUCUCCAUGGCAAUGGCAACGAUUUCACCUAUGAGAACCAAACAGAGAAUAAAACGUACAAAGUGAUUAUCAAUGAUUUAAUGGAACACCCAAUAGAUGACCCGAAGAAGAAAAGGCGCCUUUAUCUUAGGACAAAGGUUGAUGAAAACAUUCCCUUGCCUGACAAUUGGACGAUUGCACUCGACGAAAAUAAAAAAAUGGAACAAAUUAAACUAAAGGAGAAUGAUGCUGAAUUUAAUGAUGUAAAAAACAAAUUCAUCAAGGGAGGAUGUAAACCGAAACAGAUCGUAAGCAUAUCCAGAUUGGAGAAUAAAUAUUUGUGGCAACAAUACCAAACAAAAAAGAAACAGAUUGAAUCUCAGAACCUUAACAUACAAAACGAAAGACAGCUCUGGCAUGGGACUGACGUUGAUACUGUUCCAAAAAUAUUCAAACAUGGAUACAACCGUAGCUUUACUACAGCACAUAUGUAUGGAAAGGGUGCAUACUUCGCUGUACAAUCAUCAUAUUCCGACAGAGAUAGCUACGCUAAACCGGAUGUGAAUGGUGUCAAACGAAUGUUUUUAAACAGAGUGCUUGUUGGCGUUUCUUGUGUUGGACACGGGGACAUGGCAUUCCUUCCUGAGAGACCAGAUAUUAAGUCCAGUAAUUUUCCCGUAUGUUACGAUAGUGCAGCCGAUUUAAGCAAAAAACCAAGCAUAUAUGUGAUCUUUCAUGAUACGCAAGCGUACCCUGAAUACUUGAUUGAAUAUUCAUAAAAGUAUUAUGUACUUUAUAUAAAUAGAAUGAUUCUGGUUAUCUGCCGAUAGGUUUACAGUAGCAAUACAAUUUCUGAAACAAAUGAUAUGCUUGCAUUUAUUUAUAUUAUGAUCGCGUUUAUCGUCUUAGAAACAUAUUCCAAGUUUAUGAAUUAUGUUCAUAUUUCUUACAAAUAAAAUGAGAUCCUCGGUGAACAUGAAACGACGGUUUAUGUUAAUUAGCCAAGCACAUGCUUUCUUUUACUUGGGGACCAUAUGUUGCUUUGUAUAACAUGGCUAACAAGUGUCAUUUUUAUAGAUCUAUGAGCACAUUUACUACCAUUCUUUAUCUUAAAUUAUGGUUUGCAGACCCAAUUGGGCACCAAUUGGAAUCAGCUCUCAUUACUUUUAUUGUUUUCUAUAAUGUAAAAUGAAACAUUUAUUUUUUCAAAUAUGAACACACUUCACCCUAAUUUGUUUCAGUGACGACAUCCAAUUUUGACAUUGUUGCCUAAAUGCCAAACAUUAUGACAUAUUGAUAGGGAUUGCUUUUGCAUAAAAAUAUAAGGUUCAGUGCAAAUUACUUUCUUUUUUGAUAGCUUGAUAGUUUUAAAGAUAAAGUAGAGUUUUUAUAAUCGCUGUUAUUUUCUCCAUAGCCUAUUGUGUACAUAAUGAAUAAUAUAUAAAUAAAUAAAUGAUUUUAGAUAGAAGAUUUUAACAAUUUAAAAACUGACAAAUUGUUUGAUUCUGUAAUGUACACCAAAACAGCUUUGGCACAAUUCUGUAAUCAAUGUUCUCUGUUCGUUUCAUUUCCUUUAUCAGUAUUUCGUUUGACUGUCACUUUUUUGUUAAUACAGAGACUAAAGAGAGGAAUUAAACUUGCUUAACAUGUAAAGGUUUUAUGUACAUACACCUUUUUGAACAUUUUGAUGGUCUUGUAGAUGUUAACAUUUUGAUGAUAUGAAGUCAUUCUUUUAACAUGAACACAAUUCAUUUUUUACAGUUAGUAUAUUUUCAUAUUUUAAAUGAAGUAAAUGAAUUGCAUAUUCUCAAUAAUGUUGAAGCAAUAGUUAGGUGUAGAUAUAUUCAAGUGAUAGAUAGUGUGUUAUUUUCGUGUCUGACAGUAAUUUUAUUUCCAGAGGACUAGUAUAUUUGCUGUUUCAUUUUCUUUAUUGCACAAGGUGGUGUAGGCAAAUAUUAUUUAUCAUUUUAUUCAAGACGAAUGAUUGGUGUACAUUUUUAUAAUGUGAUGCUGUUUUGACAAAAAAAUGUUUGAAAAAAACCACCAAAAAUCAAAGAAUGUGUAUUCAUUUCCAGAUAGUUAAGAAUGUGUAUUAAUUUUCUGAUGUUUAAGAAUGUGUAUUCAUUUUCUUGUAUAAUUUAAGAAUGAGUAUUCAUUAUCUGAACUGAUGAUGACACAUUAUUAUUAAAAUUCAUUUCAAAUCCUUUUUCUAAAGUUCAAUUUAGAUUCUCAUCAAUACGUUAAGCUACUUAGUGUUUUAUGCUAAUAGUAUUUGAAUUAAGUCAAUAUUUCCCGAAUGCUACUCUGCUACAGUAAUACAAUUCUUUAUCUGUGAACGUGUUUUUUUUAUUAUGUCUCAAUUUUCACCUGCAAUAUAGCAUAUACUUUUUGUGUCUAAUCACAAAAUUUAUAUGUUUAAAUUGAUAAUACUGGUCAACAAUAUCAAUUAAUAUUUAAAGGGAUUGCAUUGAGGUUUAAAAGCCUAAAAACAUAACAUUUUAAUUUCUUACACGAAUGAGCUAGUGCACUUUAAACAGAAAUAUAUGCAAAGAUACUUAUGAAAUAUACUUUGAAAUAAAUUGAAAAUUAUAUUUUUAUGCUUUUCUUAGCCCUAUUUGAGCGUUUAAACGCUAUUCAUUUUGGGUCUUUUUUUACAAUUUGAAUAAUUAUUCUGGAAAAACGAAGUGCGCGAAUGAUCUGAACUUUUGCACAAAGAUUUGUGGUCUAAACCUACAUCAUAUGGUACAUUUAUCUGGAAAAUAUAUUUUCAGUCCCAUCAUCUCAAAAAGCCUCAGUUGACUCCCUUUAAAUAAAAUGCUGAAUUUUAUUUCCUUACACAGUUAACAAUUUAUGACAAAUAUUUUUAUGUACAUCUUCAAAAAUAUAUUCACUUACAGAGUC